AUGCCCCCUCCACCUUCCUCCUUGGCAUCGGGUAUCACACUCUCAGUGGUGGGACUGUGGUGCAAGGCAUUCCUGGCCCUCACAACACGCGGGUACAAGGUUCACGGCACGGAGCACCUCCUCAAGGCGCUUGAGAACAAGCCCGAGAUGAUCGCGGCCGCAGCUGCGGCAACCAGGGAGGGCAAGGGCAAGGAUGUCUCUGUGCCAGGACAUCUGGGCAGCUUGCCGCGUCGAGGUAUCAUUACGGUAUGCAACCACAACUCGGUUGUUGACGACCCCAUGAUGUGGUCGAUGCUCCCCCUUUCCACCUUUAUGCCUUUCGCGCGUCCAUCACACACGUGCCACAACCUGCGCUGGACACUAGGAGCCUCUGACAUCAUGUUCACCAACCCCGUCAUGUCCAAGUUCUUUGGCUGGGGCCAGGUCAUUGAGACUGUCCGCGGCGGCGGAAUCUACCAGCCUGCAGUCGACACCGCAAUCAAGCGCCUUGAGCAAGGCGGCCAUGUCCACAUUUUCCCCGAAGGCAAGGUCAACCAGGAGAAGCCCAAUCCCAAGGGUGGACUGCAUCGGUUCAAGUGGGGAGUUGGCCGUAUCCUGAUGGACGCCCAGACAAUGCCUGAAGUCAUUCCCAUUUGGAUCUCUGGCUUUGACCAGAUCAUGAACGAGCGCAGGACAUGGCCUCGCGGCAUGCUUCGAACUGGUGCAAACGUGAGCAUCACCGUUGGGGCACCCAUCACCGCGCGUGUGCAGCCCCUGGUCGAAGCAUACCACGCUAGCAAAGCCUCUGGUACAGACAAUCACGGCCCUACCGCCACGCGUAUCCAUAUCGUGCACGAACUGCAGGAAGCGGUGCGUCAACUGGGCGAUAGUGUGGAAGAGCGCGAGGGGCGGUUCGAGCGCCGCGAGUGGUCCCAGUCACGGGCAAACGCUCACAAGACUGGCGUGUUGGAAUCAUCAGCAUAG